AUGAAGCGCGACCCGGUGAUCCUCCUGCUCGCCGGGGAGCCCUCUGGUGACCUGCACGGUGCCGCGCUUGCCCGCGCACUUCGCGACAAAUGGCCGUCGGCCCGGUUGCUGGGGCUGGGGGGCGAGCGCAUGGCGGCCGCGGGAGUCGAGUGCAUGGCGGGGCUCGAGGAGCUGGCGGUCAUGGGCUUUGUCGAGGUGUUUCGGCACCUGGACUUCUUCUGGAGGCUCAUGCACCGGGUUCGAGACGCCAUGCACCGGCACGCCGUGGACCUGGUCAUCCCGAUCGACUAUCCGGGCUUCAACCUGCGCGUCGCGAGGCAUGCGAGGGCGGCCGGAAUCCGGGUACUGUACUACAUCGCUCCCCAGGUCUGGGCCUGGCGGCCCUCGCGCGCGCGUCGCCUGGCGCGCGACACCGACCACGUCGCGGUGAUCCUGCCCUUCGAGGUGAGUUUUCUUCGCAAGGCGGGCGCGCGCGCGACGUUUGUGGGACACCCCCUUCUGGAAGUCGAGCAAAGAGUGCCGGCGCGCACCGACUACUGCCGUGCGCACGGCCUCGAUCCGGACCGACCCCUUCUGGCACUCUUUCCGGGAUCGCGUCGCCAGGAGCUCGACCGCCAUCUGGGGCUGUUCGAAGCCACCGCCCGGCGGCUCGAGGAGGCCCGUCCCGGGCUGCAAACCGUGGUCGCGCGCGCGCCGGGCCUGCCGCCGCUCACUACUGAGAGCGUCGCGCUCUCCUGCCGCUCAACGACGGGAGGAGCCUGCUGCAUCAUGCCCGCGCCGCAGUGGUGA